AUGGGGUUCCUUAAUCUAACUAUGGUGAUCCUCUUCCUAGCGAUGAUCGCCGUUUCAUCUGCGAUGGACAUGUCAAUCAUUUCGUACGACGAGAGCCAUCAUACUGUCUCCGGUGGCCGGAGCGACGCAGAGGUGUCUAGAAUCUACGAGAUGUGGCAAGUGAAACACGGCAAGGUGCAGAAUUCUCUUGUUGAGAAAGAUCGACGGUUGGAGAUCUUUAAAGACAAUCUCCGUUUCAUCGACGAGCAUAACCAGAAGAAUCUUAGUUAUAGAUUGGGUUUGACCAAGUUCGCCGAUCUUACUAACGAUGAGUAUAGAUCCAUGUACGUCGGAAGUAAGCUCAAGAGGAAAGCCAAAAAGACCAGCCUUCGUUACGAGGCUCGUGUCGGUGACGCCGUCCCUGAGUCCGUUGACUGGAGAGAAAAAGGAGCCGUGGCUGAGGUCAAAGAUCAAGGAAGCUGCGGGAGUUGUUGGGCGUUUUCAGCCAUCGGAGCAGUGGAAGGCAUUAACCAGAUCGUAACCGGAGACUUAAAGUCCUUGUCUGAACAAGAAUUAGUCGACUGUGACACUUCAUACAACGAAGGUUGUAACGGAGGUCUCAUGGACUAUGCAUUUGAGUUCAUCAUCAAAAAUGGUGGAAUCGAUACAGAGGAGGAUUAUCCUUACAAAGGUGUUGAUGGACGUUGUGACCAGAACAGAAAAAACGCUAAAGUUGUCACAAUCGAUUCAUACGAGGAUUUGCCUCCUAACAGCGAAGAAUCCUUGAAGAAAGCACUUUCUAACCAACCCAUAGCCGUCGCCAUUGAAGGUGGUGGUCGUGCGUUCCAGCUCUACGAUUCGGGUGUAUUCGAUGGAAUUUGUGGAACUGAUCUAGACCACGGAGUUUUAGCGGUCGGAUACGGUACCGAGCACGGCAAAGACUACUGGAUAGUGAAAAACUCUUGGGGAGCAAGCUGGGGAGAGAGCGGAUACAUAAGGAUGGAGCGUAACAUCAAGGAUUCAGCAGGAGCGGGUAAAUGUGGAAUCGCAGUCGAACCUUCAUACCCGAUCAAGAACGGCCAAAACCCUCCAAACCCGGGACCUUCACCUCCAACUCCAGUCAAGCCUCCUACUCAAUGUGACAGUUACUACACAUGUCCUGACACCGCCACUUGUUGCUGUCUCUUUGAGUAUGGCAAGUAUUGCUUUGCUUGGGGAUGUUGCCCACUUGAAGGAGCCACUUGCUGUGAUGACAACUAUAGUUGCUGCCCUCACGAGUACCCGGUUUGUGACCUUGAGCAAGGAACUUGUUUAAUGAAGAAGAACAGUCCGUUGAGUGUUAAGGCCUUAAAGCGCAAACCAGCGACGCCAUUCUGGUCUCAGAGCAGAAAGAACAUUGCGUAA